AUGGCUCGUCCUAAGAAGACUGAAGAGAAGCCCAAGGAGGCUGCGACUCUUCAAAUCAGCAUUGAGGAUUUCAUCCGUACCAGGGAUUCGGUCGUUACUGGCCUUGCUACUCUUCAAUCGGCCGUCCAGGACUUGUCGCGUGCGUACAUCAACCAUAGCAACACUGUUCUUGGCCGUCCCGGCGCGGGCCCAACUUUGGACUUCUUGUCUCUCUCGAACCCGCUCGGCGAUAAUGGCUUGCUUCUGGCGCAGCGCGGCCUCACCCCCGGUAUGGUCGCUGAUGCCGGCGAGAAGAAGAAGCGCAAGAAGCGGGCUCACGACAAGAACGCGCCCAAGCGUCCCUUGACCCCAUAUUUUCUCUACAUGCAAUUCGCGCGCCAGGACAUUAUGAAAGCUCUUGGUGAAGGAGCGCGUCCCAAGGACAUUAGUGCUGAGGGCACCAAGCGCUGGGCUGAAAUGUCCGAUCAGGACAAGCUCAAAUGGAAGGAAUAUUAUCAGGAAAAUCUUGCCAAGUACCAAGAAAAGAUGAAGGAAUACAAGGCCAAGACCGGAGGGGCCGAUCACUCCGAGGAUGCUGCUGCUCAGUUGGCGGCUGAGCAGGAAGCCGUUGCUUCUGCCGGCAGCAAUGAUGAGGAGGAAGAAGAGGAGGAACAGGAAGAGGAGCCUGCCCCACCUAAGCCUGCCUCUCCUGUCAACAAGCGUCGCAAGACCGCCGCCAGUGCUGCGGCUGCCAGCUCCCCGGCGCAGCCCUCUCCUGCCAAAUCUGCCCCGAUUCUCCCCCCAAGUGCCAAGAAGGAGGCGGCACCUGAGAUCAAAUCCCCGGAGCCGAAGAAGCGGCGAUCGCGGAAGUCCAAGGGCGCCGAGGAGGCUGCAGCUGAGACUGCUGCUCCUGCAAAGGAGCCGCCUAAGAAGGAGAAGGCCCCCCGCAAGAAGCGCAAGAGCGAGGCUGUCAAUGAGUAA